AAGCUUUAUGAGUCCCCACACGCCAUGACUGACAUCAUUUACUGUAACUCUUCUUCUACACACAUUCUCUGUUCCUUCUUCUCUCACUAGAAUCCCGUUACACAUUUUUCCUUCCUUCUCUCCUUCGAUUCUCUUCGGAUUAACACUAUAACGACAAACAAAAUUUCUUAUUUUUAUUUCGUUCAUGUGAAUAUUCUCAGUUUCCACUUCCAUUUCCUUACAAUUUACAGAUUCUCGUCUAGUACUAGAAUAAAUAUUGUAACAACAAUUUCUCAUCUCCCAAUUCACUAACCCAUUCAUUCAUUCUUUCGUUCAUUAAUUUUUAAUGGAGAAUCAAGGAAAGAAAGUCUUGUUAACCACAAACGGGGAUGAGAUUUCUGAAAACAUAGCUCUUCAUUUGGUGAAACGUGGUUGCAGGUUAGUUUUGAUGGGGAAUGAAAAGUGUGUACAAACUAUGGUAGAGAAGAUCAAUGGAUCAUUGAAGGAGGGUAUGCAGACUCAGAUUGGUGUGGUUGGUUUAGAUAUGGAACAAGGUAAAGAAGAGGAUUUUGAAAAUGGUGUGGAAAAAGCUUGUAAGAUUUGGGGGAAUUUGGAUGCUCUUGUGAAUUGUUAUAGCUAUGAAGGGAAGAUACAAGAUUGUCUAAGCUUAGCUGAAAUUGAGUUCAUGAAGAUCGUGAAAAUUAAUUUCAUGGCAGCUUGGUUUCUCUUAAAAGCUGUUGGUAGAAGGAUGCGUGAUGCUAAAUCAGGAGGAUCCGUCAUCUUUUUGACCUCAUUCAUGGGCUCGGAGAGAGGGCUCUAUCCAGGUUCUGCUGCAUAUGGAUCGUGUUUGGCUGGAAUUCAGCAGUUAGUCAGGACUUCUGCUAUAGAUAUCGGGAAACAUCGGAUCAGGGUAAACGCAAUUGCACGAGGACUGCACUUACAAGAUGUGUACAUAUUAUCUGUGGGAAAGGAAAAGGCAGAGAAGUCAGUGAACGAGGUUGCACCACUGCACAGAUGGCUCGACGUGAAGAAUGACAUCGCAUCCACAGUCAUAUAUUUGGUAAGCGAUGAUGCUCGUUACAUGACUGGAACCACUAUAUACGUUGACGGUGCUCAGUCUCUUGUAAGGCCUCGUAUGCGAUCCUAUAUGUGAAUAAUAUGAUAAUAGGUUAUACUACUUUUUGAUGGCUUUUCAGUCUGUAGUCUAAUUCUCUGUAACAAAGUGAAGUGUCAGUAACAGAAAGUUAGCUUCUC